AUGGCCAGUUCUGAUGUGAAACCAAAAUCAAUAAGUCGUGCCAAAAAGUGGUCAGAAGAGAUUGAAAAUCUGUACAGAUUUCAACAAGCAGGAUAUCGGGAUGAAAUAGAAUACAAACAAGUGAAGCAAGUUUCUAUGGUAGAUCGUUGGCCAGAGACAGGAUAUGUGAAGAAACUUCAGAGACGGGACAAUACUUUCUAUUACUACAACAAACAGAGGGAAUGUGAAGACAAGGAAGUCCACAAAGUGAAAAUUUAUGCAUACUAG